AUGAUGCUUACCGUCAAGAAAGGUCCGUUGUGCUAUCAAGAUGUCAAAACGGUUGAUGGUAAGAAGUGCAAAACUUUUAGAGAUGCGUGCUUUGCGAUGGGUUUUUUACAAGAUGAUCGUGAAUUUGUCGAGGUAAUAAAAGAGGCGCAUCUUUGGGGUUCGGGACCUUUUUUGCGCAAGCUUUUUGUGACAAUGUUACUUUCGGGAUCCAUGAACAGACCUGAACAUGUUUGGAGAAAGACUUGGAGAUAUUUAUCGGAUGGCAUUCUCUAUGAUCAACGGUUAUUGGCAAGAAAUCAAGGUUUGACAAUGAGUGAUGCCGAGCUUAAGGAACGGACACUGAUGGCUAUUGAAACACUAUUGCAAAAUAAUAAUCGUAGCUUAAAGGACUUCAAACCAAUGCCAGUUCCAAAAGAGGAUGUCGUUUUCUUUACAGGAAACAGAUUACUUUAUGAUGAACGUCAAUAUGAUGUUGUUGAACAACAUCAAAUUUUUGAAAAUUUGUCUGCUUCUCUUACAGAUGAACAAAGAGGAAUUUUUGAGGAAAUCAUGGAUGCUGUAGAGAAGCAACAAGGAGGUGUUUUUUUUCUGUAUGGCUAUGGUGGAACUGGUAAGACCUUUAUGUGGAAAACUUUAUCAGCAGCACUUAGGUCUAAGAAAAAAAUUGUCUUGCCUGUUGCCUCAAGUGGAAUUGCAAGUUUGUUGUUACCAGGUGGAAGAACAGCUCAUUCUAGAUUUAGGAUUCCUGUUCCGACUUUAGAAAAUUCUAUUUGCAACAUUGAAAAACAAGAUGAUCUUGCUGGGCUUCUAAAGAUGACAGAUUUGAUUAUAUGGGAUGAGGCUCCUAUGGCCAAUAAAUUUUGCUUUGAAUCUCUCGACAAAUCCUUAAGAGAUAUUAUGAGUGGAAUCCCCCAUGCAUCUAAGAAAGUUUUUGGUGGUAAGGUUGUUGUGUUUGGUGGUGACUUCAGACAAAUUCUCCCUGUUAUACCAAGAGGAACUAGAUCAGACAUUAUCCAUGCAACAAUAAAUGCUUCUUAUAUUUGGGAUCAUUGUAAGGUCUUGAGGCUUACAAAGAACAUGCGCUUGCAAAAUGGUGAUAAUGCUUUUUCUACAGAUGAUGACAUAAGGAGCUUUUCUGAGUGGAUUUUAAAAAUUGGAGAUGGGACCAUGUGUGAGCCAAAUGAUGGUUAUGUUGAUAUUUGUAUUCCAUAUGAGUUCUUAAUUUCUAGCUUUUCUAAUCCAAUCAAGGCAAUUGUUGAAGAUACAUACCCUGAUCUCAUUCAUAAUUAUCUUGAUUCCAAUUAUCUUCAAAGUCGUGCGAUCUUAGCUUCAACAAUUGAAGUUGUUGAUGAUAUCAACCAAUAUAUCACAAAUCUUAUUCCAGGUAUAUAA